UUGAACACUGUAAGUGAAGAAAAAUGUUGAAAAUUGUAAUCCUCUCGUUCAUUGGCUGCGCGCUAUCCGCGCCCUACGACGCCUAUGUACCGCUCGCCAAGACCACUCUCACCACCAGCAGUCAUGCAGUCGACCACGGCAGCACACACGUCAUCCCUGCUAUCCCAUUGGCCAAAACAACCCUGACUCAAAGCUCCCAAUACGUCGACCACGGCAGCACACACGUCAUCCCAGCAAUCCCAUUGGCCAAAACAACCUUAACUCAAAGCUCACAAUACGUCGACCACGGAAGCAGCCAUAUUGUGCACGCACCUUUACACAUUCCUCUUACUAAAACCACGUCCACACACAGCAACCAAGUGAUCAACCAUGGUGUGUACCAUUCUGUACACCCCCUAAUCCAUGAGGUGGAACACCACCCCGUCGUUUUUCCAGCAACGUCUAUAUAUUCAUACAGAACUCCUGACUCUGCUAUCACCCACCAUUCUUCGGAGACCCACGAAACUGUACCUUAUUAUGCUUAUCAUUAAAGUUAAUUUAGCUUA